AUGUCUCUACCAGACUGUUCCAGCUUCGAGAAUCCCUGCCAGACAUGCUUUUUGGGCGCAUCGACAGAAAUCCUGACCUACCCCUAUAAUAUCACGCAGACUGUCGAUGUCACAACCUUUACAUACGUGACGGGACAGGCAGAUGGAAGCAAUAGCACUCGCUUCGAAAUCAUAACAGCAGACUUCGAAACCGGUUCCGGCGCGCAGACAGUUCUUGAAGAGAAUGCGACAUCGACGUGGGUGCCGGUGGAUGGUGUUACCUUGACAUUCCCAACGACCUAUGCGUCCUUCGUCAGCUUCUCUGGCACUGCAGCCCCCAACGCAUCUCCCUCGGCGUGUGCAUCUUCGACCACUUUCGACGAGAUCACCUUCCCAGCUACAACGGCGCCAGCAUCGUUCAUCUAUGCUCCGGCCGUGGGCACUGACGCGUUUACCGAACUUACCGAAGGUCAAUUGCCAACAGCAGUGCUCGCUUAUCUCGGCGAGCUUGACGCCGUGGUGAGCCAGCUCGGUGGCAACGAACCGUCAGUGUGCGCUCCUACAACACCAAUCACCCUCACCUCGGCCGUGUCUUGCCUGACUACAUCGACGAUAUCGAUCUGUGUCCCGGUCACUAGUGAUGGCACGGUCACCUCCAGCUGCUCGCCAUCGGUUACCUCUUUCCCCACCGAGCUUCCACCAACAGAAGUGACCACAAAUGAGCCCCCACCAAAUAUCAAGACCGGUGCGGCUGCACUGAGAGGCAAUAAUGGGCCUAGAGACUUUAUUCCUUACUCACCACCGGGAGGAGGAAGUCCCAACCCAACGCCAGAUCCCCAGCUGCCGGAGAAUCCUACUCCAAAUACCGGUGGCAACAAUAAUGGCGGUAACAAUAAUGGCGGUAACAAUAAUGGUGGGGGUACCAAUAAUGGCGGCAACAACAGUGGUGGCGGCAACACCGGUGGUAACAAUGGCGGGACCAAUAACGGCGGAACGAACAGCGGCGGCGACACCCCCAGUGGUAACAACAGCCCGGCCCAGCCAGAGACACCAGGCCAACCCUCGGCACCGACUGACGGAACUUCAGGAAGCGGUGGAGAAUCUGGUCAGGGAGGUCAAGAGAACCCAGCGACUGGUGGCCAGUCCGCGAAUCCACAAGAUGGUACGUCACAGUCAGGACAGAAUCCUGUGUCCGCGCCAGAAGACGACACUCCAUCGUCAGCAGACUCGGCAUCUGCACCUCAAGAUGGCUCGUCUGGUUCGUCUUCGUCUUCGUCUUCGUCGUCUCCAGCAGAUCCUGGUUCAGGAUCAGAAGAUUCCACUCCACAAUUGGGACAGGACGGCUCAUCAGAUGCCGUUCCGGCUCCAGAAGAUGGAUCCACAUCGUCAGAAAGUGAGCAGACUCCUUCGAGUGAUGACAGCAGCGGUAACGACACGACAUCACCAUCUUCGUCAACCAGUGAUGACAGCAGCAGCGGCGACAACCAAUCUGGUUCUUCGUCCAGCGCAGCUGCUGCUGAUGAAGAUGAUUCUACCGAUUCCUCUUCGCCAUCGUCUCCGUCCGCCUCGAGUGAUGAUAACCCUUCAGAUCCCGAACUAACCGGUGCCCCUUCUUCAGGUUCUACCCCUUCUUCCGACGAUGAUACUUCUGGCAGCGGCACUACAGGCGCAGGUGACUAUAUCAUGAGCGGACUCAAUCCUGGCCCGAGCAGGACUCUGACAUCGGUAGGAUCUGCAGGUACUUCGGUCUCGGUCGAGCCAUAUACUGGUUCUGCAAUUGGACGUGCGAGCGCAUCGUUGAUGGCUUGCGUGUUGGGCUUUGUCGGCAUGGGAUUUACGUUUGCUGGGCUUUAG